CCACCAACCACCCCCCCCCCCCCCCCCCCACAAAAUCCUCCGCACAACCUUUUCCUUUCCACUCUAAGAAAAAACCCCAUAAAUAAGACUAUAAAACUUCACCCUAUUUUAUCACUGUUUUAAUCACACAUACUACCACGUAUAUGCCAGAGCGUCAUGUCCGGCGGAAAGUUGCGGCGAAAGGUGGUCGGAAGACCAGGCCACCGCAUCCAUCUCCUUCUCCAAGUACACGAACACCACCACCACGGCGAUCGGUGAAGCCCUCCAAACCCAUAAAGAUUUUGAAACGAUGCUCCUCAGAGCCCAUGAUGGGGUGGGGGAGCGGUACUGAAGAUAGUAUUGAUCAGCAGAAACAGAGGAGGAGCUUCUUAUUCUAUGGGAGUGAUGGUGGUAGGGAUGUUUUAUUUAGGCAUACUUGUACGGAUGUUUUUUUAUCCUCUCCUUCUCUGAUCAUGCCUACAAAUUUCUCUCCUCGCUCCAGUUUUGAUCAGGGAUACAAGAAGGAUGCAAAAGUGGUGGUUAAUGUAACAGUUGAAGGGAGUCCAGGGCCAGUUAGGACCAUGGUUAAACUGGGAUCUAGUGUAGACGACACGAUUAAGCUUGUGGUAGACAAAUACAGUGAAGAGGGGCGAACCCCAAAACUUGAUAAGGACGCAGCAUUAACAUACGAAUUGCAUCACUCCUAUUUUUGCCUUCAAAGUUUAGAUAAAUCAGAAUUGAUUGGGGAUGUUGGUAGCAGGAGCUUCUAUCUCAGAAGAAGCAGCAGCAAUCGUAGUUCUAAUGGAGGCUCAACUUCUUCAAUUGCAGAAACAGUUUCUGGAGGAGCCAACUUACCACCAACACCAAUUCAAGGUCCCCCAUUCUUACUGCCAGAAUUCCUUGCUUGCAAAUGGGGUAAAAUUGUGAGAAGAGCGCGUAAGCUUUGGCGGGUCUUGGUUUGCUGGAAAUGACCCCAAGAUCUUGCCAUUUUUAGAGUUCAAUAGCAUAUUAUUUACUGGACUCUAACAUCUAUUAAGAUCCAUUUUUUCAUCUUCUUAAACUUGUAAAUGCUAUUGUAGAUGUCACGGUGCGCUUCUCCUUCACUCGUUGGUGUCUUUGGCUUUGUAAUUGUUGUGAAAAUCACCCUGUUGCGGAGGUAAUUCAAUCAAAUGAAAUGUGAUAGAGUACUCUGAUUUUGAUGC